GUACCGGUUAGAAAACAAAGUUGGUCACUGAAAUGGUUUUGUUUAGUCGUCGUCACUAUCAUCAGUUUUGAAAUUCCCAGUCCCAGCUCCUCCCGAUUCCCAGAUUCGGUAGAGAAGAUGAGUUUGACGGCCAACAAAACAAUGCAUUGAACGACCGGCGACUGAGAAAUAAUGUUGAUAUAGGGAAUAAGGAGCUGGCACCGCACGUGUGAAGUCAAGGAGGUCAAGGAUAAGAAGAGAAUGUCACGUGUGCGAUGAGCUGGGAGAAGUUGAUGAAAAGCUGUCAUCGUUACGGAAUAAAGCUGUUACCGUUAACACUGUUAGUUAACAGGUUAUAUAUGAGCACUUGUUAGCUCACGUUUUCUUUAUGCCUUUGUUAUCUGAUUUGUAGAACUUUCUAGAACUCUCUCUUCCUCAUCGUUUAGCUGGUUUCUCUCAUCGAGAUUCUUGCUGAGCUAGCUUGUCCUCGGAAUCAAUGGUGGUGGAGACGAGAUCUCAGCUUACUCGAGCUGAGGAAGUGAUAGAAACAGGGCGAUCGGAGGUUCCUCUGACGGAAGUUGCACUGGGGACUCAGAUCACUCAGGUAUUUGAACGUUUAGAAGUUGCGAUUGCUGAACAAAAUAAAAAACUUGAGGACAACAUUGUCGAUAUGUUUGAAAUGGUGAAGAUAAGGACUGGUCAGCAAUCGUCACCUCAUGGGAAGCAAAUCUGUGAUGGUAGCGAACCGGUAAAAUCGGCGUCACCGGAACGCUUAGUGGUAAGCUCUAGCCGUUGCAGAGGAGAAGGAUCGGUGAAUCGAAACAGGAGUGAUGGAUCAGGUUACCGAAACAGUGGAGAUGACUCAGGUUUUCAACACCAAGGUGAUGGGUUUGGAUAUCAGAACAAGGGUGAUGGAUCGGGUUAUCAAAACAGAGGAGAGGGUUAUGGUUACCAAAAUAGGGGAGAUGGGUAUGGCUAUCAGAACAGAGGUGAAGAAAGGGGUUAUCAGAAUCACUACGCAGGCGUGACUCGAGUGGGGAAGGUUGAUUAUCCCAGGUUUAAUGGAGAAUGGAUAUCGGAGUGGAUCCUUAAGGUGGAGGACUUUUUUUCGCUUGAUUUCACUCCAGGGGACUUCAAAGUCAAAAUGGCUGCAAUACACUUUGAUGGUGAUGCUGCAGAUUGGCAUCAAUCGUUGAUGCACUCACCGUUGGGAAGGAAUGUGUUGCGUGAUUGGCAAGCUUAUAAGUUGUUGUUGCAGGAACGCUUUGAAGACGUGUUGGACGAUCCUAUCGCGGAGCUUAAACAACUGCAAGAGACAAAUGGGAUCGUUGAAUAUCUCCAUCGCUUUGAGUUGAUCAGGAACAGGUUGUCACUCUCGGAGGAGUACUUGAUGAGAGCUUAUUUGGCAGGACUCAGGUUGGAUACGCAAAUGCAUAUUCGCAUGUUUCAACCUCAGUCAGUUCGCCAAUGUCUAGUGCUUGGUCGGUUGUAUGAGAAGGCUCAUCCGCACCAAAAAGGAAGUUCAGGAGGGUGGUCGUCUGCGAAAUCAAACUCUACGAGUCUUACAGUGAAGAAUCAGGGAGUGGUUAAGCAAACUAACCAAGCUUCUGGGGGUAACACCGGGUUUCAGUCACCAAAGAACAGGAAGUUCUUGUCACAAGAGGAAAUGAGUGAGCGACGAGCUAAAGGGUUGUGUUUCAUAUGUGAUGAAAAAUAUACCCCGGAGCACUAUCUUAAGCACAAGAAGACACAGGUGUUUAUGAUAGAAGUAGAAGAAGAAGUGGGGGAACAAGAAUAUUUUGAAGAGCAAUAUGAAACAGAAGAUGAAAAAGACAUGCCUCGGGUGUCAAUAAGUGUUGUGUCAGGAGUUGCAGACUAUCGGACAAUCAAAGUAAGAGGAACGCAUGGUAAGAAGGUGUUGUUUAUUUUGUUGGAUACGGGCUCCACACACAAUUUCAUAAACCCGAGCACUGCCAAGGCACUUGGUGUCACGGUACAAUCUGCAGGGGUAGCAAGAGUAGCUGUUGCGGAUGGUAGUAAGUUAGGAGUUCAAGGGAAGGUGUCUCAGUUUAAAUGGUCAUUUCAGGGGACAGCAUUUAAAGAUGAUUUCAUGUUGAUACCAUUGGGAGGCUGUGAUAUGGUUUUAGGGGUUCAAUGGUUAGCUCCGCUGGGUGAUACGACUUGGAACUUUCAGAAGUUAGAAAUGGGUUUUUGGUGGAAUAAGCAGAGGAUUCUACUUCAUGGAAUCAAACAAGGGGCGGUAAGAACGUUAAAGGCUGCGAAGUUUAACAAGGCACAAGAAGAAGCAGUUCAAAUAUCAAUGAUAUGUGCUCAAGCGGUAGAACCCCAGGAGGAUAUGAUGUUGUGCGCAGUAGAGGAUAAUCACAACGAGAAUGUUAGCAAUGCAGCAGUCUUGGAGUUGAAGGAAAGCUUUGCAGAUAUAUUUGCAGAGCCAACAGAGCUACCACCUUUUCGAGAAAACCACAAUCAUAAGAUUGUGUUAAAAGAAGGAGCUGACCCAAUUAACCAGAGGCCUUACCGUUAUGCAGUUUAUCAAAAGGAUGAGAUUGAUAAAAUUGUCAAAGACUUGUUAGCUGCAGGAACGAUAAGAAUGAGCUCAAGUCCAUUUUCUUCACCAGUAGUCUUGGUUAAGAAGAAGGAUGGAACGUGGAGGCUAUGUGUAGAUUACAGGGGGCUAAAUGGUUUAACAAUCAAGAAUAGUUUCCCUAUUCCCUUGAUUGAGGAUCUAAUGGAUGAGUUGGGGGGAUCUGCAGUAUUCUCUAAAAUAGAUUUACGGGCAGGUUAUCACCAAGUUCGAAUGGAACCAGCAGACAUUCAAAAAACGGCUUUUAAGACUCAUGGGGGGCACUUUGAAUAUCUAGUAAUGCCCUUUGGGCUAACAAAUGCCCCUGCAACAUUUCAAGGCUUGAUGAAUUCGGUCUUCAAGGAGUUCCUUCGCAAGUUUGUUUUAAUCUUUUUCGAUGAUAUACUUGUGUACAGUUCUUCAAUGACUGAUCACAUUGUUCAUCUACAGAAAGUUUUCAACACAAUGAGGGAACAUAAGUUGUUUGCCAAAGAAAGUAAAUGUGAGUUUGCCACAGCACAGGUUGAGUAUUUGGGGCAUUAUAUUGCUGCUGGUGGGGUGUCGACUGACCCCACCAAGGUCAAUGCUGUGGCUGAUUGGCCUCUUCCGUCUAACUUGAAGCAGCUUAGGGGGUUUUUAGGCCUGGCUGGUUACUACAGACGUUUUGUCAAGAACUUUGGAACCAUUGCUAGGCCAUUAACGCUGCUGACUAAGAAAGAUGCUUUUACUUGGUCUGUAGAAGCUUCGGAGGCUUUCACGGCUCUGAAACAAGCUCUGUGUGAGGCUCCAGUUUUGGCAUUCCCAAGGUUUGAUAAACCAUUUUUGGUCGAAACUGAUGCCUGCACUAAAGGGAUUGGGGCAGUUCUAAUGCAAGAAGGUCACCCUUUGGCAUUCAUAAGUCGCCAUUUGAAGGGUAAGCAGUUGAACUUAUCUAUCUAUGAAAAGGAGCUGUUAGCGGUGGUUUUUGCAGUACAAAAAUGGCGCCAUUACUUGCUUCCCAAUCACUUCAUCAUUAGAACAGAUCAGCGCAGUCUCAAGUAUCUUCUCGAGCAAAGGUUGAAUACGCCAAUACAACAACAGUGGCUUCCCAAGUUGCUUGAGUUUGAUUACGAAAUUCAAUACCGUCAGGGAAAGGACAACAUAGCCGCGGAUGCCUUGUCGCGAGUGGAGGGAGCAGAAGUUCUUCACAUGGCAAUGUCAGUCUUAGAAUGUGAUUUACUCAAGGAUAUUCAAGCACAUUAUGCGACUGAUGCUGAACUAAAGAAACUUAUUGAUGAUUUGGCUGCUAACAUUCCUGCUAAAAAGCAUUACACUUGGACACAAUCAAUUUUGAGGAGAAAGACUAAGAUUGUGGUACCAAAUAACAUUCAAUUGCGGGAUUCAAUUCUGCAGUGGAUGCAUUGCUCAGGAACUGGCGGUCACUUGGGUCGAGAUGCGACAUAUCAGAAAGUCAAAGGGUUGUUCUAUUGGAAAGGAAUGGCAGUGGACAUCCAGAAGUAUAUUCGGAGUUGUGCUGUUUGCCAACAGUGUAAAUACGAUACGUCUGCGUAUCCUGGUCUUCUGCAACCAUUACCAAUUCCGGAGACCAUUUGGACAGAUUUGUCUAUGGAUUUCAUUGAUGGUCUUCCUGACUCGGCUGGGAAAACGGUUAUAUUUGUGGUCGUUGACAGGUUAACUAAAGCUGCACACUUCAUGGCUCUCGCACACCCUUACUCUGCAGUGACAGUGGCUCAAGCGUUUAUGGAUACAGUCUUUAAACUUCACGGAUGCCCUCGCUCCAUUGUCAGUGAUAGGGAUACUAUCUUCGUAAGCACUUUUUGGAGAGAGUUAUUCACACUGCAGGGUGUUGAUUUGAAGUUUUCCAGCGCUUAUCAUCCUCAAAGUGAUGGUCAAACGGAGGUAGUAAAUCGCUGCUUAGAGACAUAUUUGAGGUGUAUGUGUAGUGACAAACCUCACCUUUGGAGCAGUUGGCUUCCCCUUGCUGAAUUCUGGUAUAACACAAACUUUCAUACCGCUACUCAAAUGAGUCCAUUCGAAGCUGUGUAUGGUCAAUCGCCUCCGGUGCAUCUUCCUUAUCUACCUGGAGAGUCCAAGGUUGCUGUGGUAGCUCGAAGUUUGCAGGAAAGGGAAAGUAUGUUACUGAUCUUAAAGUUCCACUUGUUGCGAGCUCAGCAUCGGAUGAAGCAGUUUGCGGAUUCACACCGUACAGAUCGCAGUUUUGAGAUUGGGGACUCAGUGUUUGUCAAACACCAGCCAUAUCGCCAAGGUUCAGUUGUGGUCCGUUCUAAUCAGAAGCUUUCCCCUAAGUAUUUUGGGCCUUAUAAGAUUGUUGACCGUUGUGGUAAGGUUGCAUACAAGCUACUGCUUCCAGGGGGCUCACAAAUUCACCCUGUGUUCCAUGUUUCACAGCUGAAAGCGGUAGUUGGUCAGGUGCUUACUUCGACCCAACUGCCCUCUAUUGUGGUAGACGUUCUGGUUAAAGCCCCUGUCUCUAUCUUGGACCGGAAAAUGGUGAAGCGGCAAGGUCGUGCGGUUACAAUGGUUUUGGUACAGUGGACAAACGAGACUGCAGAAGAGGCUACAUGGGAAUAUCUUUAUGACUUGCAGAGGAAGUUUCCAGCCUUUGAACCUUGUGGGCAAGGUUCUCCAGACAGGGGAGUUGUGAUAUAGGGAAUAAGGAGCUGGCACCGCACGUGUGAAGUCAAGGAGGUCAAGGAUAAGAAGAGAAUGUCACGUGUGCGAUGAGCUGGGAGAAGUUGAUGAAAAGCUGUCAUCGUUACGGAAUAAAGCUGUUACCGUUAACACUGUUAGUUAACAGGUUAUAUAUGAGCACUUGUUAGCUCACGUUUUCUUUAUGCCUUUGUUAUCUGAUUUGUAGAACUUUCUAGAACUCUCUCUUCCUCAUCGUUUAGCUGGUUUCUCUCAUCGAGAUUCUUGCUGGUGAGAUGACAUUACUGCGUUUUACUUGAACGUUGUAAUUGUUUAUCGUUUAUCUAAGUGUGAAAUUUGUUGGUUUACUAAUUACGUUAUCAAAUGUCUGCGGCCACUCCGUCUCCGAUUUGCGCGCGAUUGAGGCCGAGUGGCCGGCCUGCUCUGCUCUGCUCCAACCAAGCGCCGCCGCAUGUAUAUGGUUAGGGUUUAGGGCAUGGGUGGAGGAGGGCAUGGCGUCUCACGGUGUGUUUCUCUCGCCGUUACAGAUUUGGCUGUAAGACGAUCCGCAUAUGCCAGUGUGGAGAUAGAUUUUCACUAUCAAUUUUGCUUAGUGUGAGGAGUUUAUCUAAACGAUCCGCAGGUGUUUCAUGGAUUUCUCAUCAAUGCUCCUUCUUUUUAAGGGAACACAGAUUCAGGCAACCAUGUUUAACGCAGCUGCAGAAGAAGUAGUUUUGUGACAGAUUUGAGAUGGGAAAGGUUUACUACUAUAUAUCCAGGGGAUCUCUUAAGCUUUGCUAAUAAGCAGUUUAACACGGUUCAGAAUGAUUAUGAGACGACUCUAAAUGAGAAAUCAGAGGUUGAAGAAGCUAUAGCUGGCAACGAAGAAAUGUUUACCCCUGACAAUAUAGUUCACUUUUGUGCCCAUUGAUGAGUUGGGUGCAUACGUAAAUCAGAAAGACCUUAUCGAUGUUAUUGGUGUCGUUCAAAGUGUAUCUCCUACCAUGAGCAUGAUAAGAAUGAAGAUGUGAUCUCUUCUUUCUUAUCUCUCUCAAUCCUAGUUACAAACUCAAACCCUAAUCGACAAGCAUGGAUCUCCAAACUCAUCUUCUAAGAACAGAGAACGCAGUCUCUAACAAACUCACACAAUUCUGAUCACGCAGGAUAGUGUUUACAAUACUAUUCUAUCUCUAUUUAUACUCUACAUUGUUCUCAGUCUUCUCUUUAGCUCCUCUCACGUGCUACUCAUGUGCUUAUCAGAGCAUUAGAAGGAGGAAUGACAAUGAGAUGAUCACAAAAGGCGAAUGUCGAGGCUGUUUGUUAUCAAUCCGAGUGUCUACUAAGGUUCUCUUGCCUCAGCCUGACAAAUCUCUUUGUGUUCCAACGUCUCAAACAUUCCAUACCAUGCAGACACUUUCGUCUUUCUUUCUUGACCAUCUAGAGAUGUGUACAUGAUCUGGUGGAGUUUACUUACCCACCCACCCGCUCCAACACUUCCGAGUUCUCAAGCUUAAGUUGUUAUGGGUGCCCAGGAAAUAGAUGAAGUUUGGAGAUAGGCCAUGCAAGCUAGCCUUGACACAGAAAGGUUCACCUUUGUGGGAGAGAAAAAUACAGAGAUCUCCAAUAUCAAAAGUCAAGAUAGCCGCAUCAUGAUAAGUCGAAUCAUCAUCCUCGCAUCUCCGGGAUAUAUCGAACACAAAGAAACGCUCUGAAUGUACGAUCCCGAGUGAGAAGCGUCUUGUGUACCACCUAACCAAAAAAGUUACACCUGUGGGUGAGUCCACCAAGUGUUCGGUCCUGCAAUAUGGAAGCAUCCGGUCCCACUCUGUCUGCAGAAACUCGUCAUGCAGAACAUCUUGUCUCUGCUUGAAUACAUGACUCGGGAGGAGAAGAAGUCUGGAUCUUCGACUCUGAUGUUGACCCACUCCGAGCUGUCUUUUCGAGCAGGCCUAAAUAAGCUGAGCUGAGGUCCCAGGAACUUGACGGCCACGAUGCAAUCAUCGUCCUCAGGAGAAGAGGAGGACAUGGCCAUUGGCAAUGAGGCAGAGUUACAAAAGGAGGUAGUGAGAUUCGCUUCGGGUCUGAAUCAGAAGCACUCGGGUUUAGGUCAUCUUGGAGACACACAACGCCGUCUCUCAAAGUAGCCACCCACCCAUGAGAUGCUCCUAUUGUUCCCGUUGAUUUCAACAAAUCCAUUGGCACAGUCUUCUUCAAAACCUCUUUCCCAACACCAGGAGCAAUAAAAUCCUUAUGCAUAUUAUUUACAAAAUCCUUCAAACCACAAGGAGAAGCACUGAAAUUGCAAAUGACGAGUUUACCGACAUCCCCAUCUCUGGAAGUAGAUCCACAAUGUUCGGCCCCGACGAUGUGACACAGAGGGGUCUCCGACAAGAAUCGAACACCACCGAGGUGGUGUCUCUAGAGAGUGCAGAGUAAUAUCAUCAGACAUGAGCAGAAGAAGAAGAAAGCAAUACAAAACAAUUUACGUACGGGGAGAGAAGCUUACAUUUACAAGUGGAGGUGAUUGCCUCCUAAGACAAAGCCUGGAGAGAAGCAGAGAUCUCAUAGUGUAUUUUUGGUGGAGAUAAGAAGAAAAGAAACGCUGUUUCACCAUUAAAUAAGGGUGAAAGCUUUCUCAGUAGGCUCAAAGGCGAUUUGAUCAAACAAUUUGAUAGUAGGAGAAGCUAUAUAGCAGAGGAAUCAAGUUUUGCAGAGCCAUGGGUACAUCAAUCGCAGAAUCUAAACCAGGGAGAUUAAAUCUCGGUUAAGUGUUUGAGAAAUUAAAAAAUCUCGGUUAAAUGUCUAACCAAUCCAUUAUCUGUGACCGGUUUAAUUUCGGAGUCAAUUGUUUUCAUAUUGUUUGCCCAAAUCUGUAUUUCUCCAAAGGUAAAGCUCUCUCUCUCUCUCUCUCAUCAAUGGCGAAAUCAGCGGCGACGGCGGCUUCCUCGCUUGUGCAAAACCUGAGACGAUUCAUCAAGAAGCCAUGGCAAAUCACCGGGCCUUGCGCUCACCCUGAAUACCUCGAAGCUGUUCCCAAGGCCACCGAGUAUCGUCUCCGAUGCCCCGCAACGACUGAUGAAGAGGCCAUCGUGCCUACCUCGGAUCCCGAAACUGUAUACAACAUCGUAUACCACGGCCGAGAUCAGCGCCGAAACCGCCCACAGAUCCGGCGAUACCUAUUGAAGAAGGACAACGUGGUUCAGAUGAUGAACGAGAAGAAGACGUUCGACGUCUCCGACUUCCCUAAUGUUUACCUGACUACCACAGUCGAAGAGGAUUUGAACACGCGUGGCGGAGGCUACGUCAAAUAAACAGAGGGUUCUUUCAUCUUGUCUUUCUCUUGUAAUCUCGUGAUGGGCGAAAGACUGCGUUUGAUAUUUCUUUACCGACAAAAAAUCUCUCCCUUGUUUGCUUUUGUGUAAUAAGAUUUCUAGUAGCUUUAUGAACUACAAAACACUUCAUUCUCCUUCAGAAUAACCAGAUUGUUGUUCAGUCGUAUUCCCUAUGUUUAUGAUGAACCCGUGAUUGUUUGAAGUUUGAGUGAUUUAGAAACGGUUGAUAAUGUAACACAAAGAGAAAAAGAGUUAAUAGUC